AUGAGGGAAGCGGAGGCGCCGCUCAUCACGGAGGCAGAGGCGGAGGGGGAGGAGGGGCGCGGCUUCCGCGGCUCCACGACGGCCGGAGGGGGCCGCUCCGGCGGCGGCAGGGGCGGGAGGCAGUACCAACGGCGCUCGGACGCGCUCGCCUACGGCGACCGGUACCAGAAGGCGGCCGCCCUCGUCGACCUCGCAGAAGAUGGUGUCGGUAUCCCUGAGGAUGUCUUGAAUGACGCAAGGUUCGAGAGGGCCAUACGGUUUUAUUUCGUGUAUCUUCGAUUGGAUUGGCUGUGGUCGCUUAACCUAUUUGCUUUGAUUCUAUUGAAUUUCCUUGAGAAGCCUCUAUGGUGCCAGAAAUAUACCCUACAUACUUGUGACCAAAGGGAUCUUUACUUUCUUGGGCAGCUGCCAUACUUAAACAAAACCGAAUCACUUAUAUAUGAGGGGCUUACCCUUGUCAUUCUUGUCUUGGAUGUCUUCUAUCCACUUUCCUAUGAAGGAUUACAUCUUUUCUGGAAGAACUCUAUGAAUAAGUUGAAGGUUCUUCUUCUAUUCAUCUUAACAUGCGACAUGCUGGUGUUUAUGUUUAGUCCUGGACCUUUCAGAAUAGCUCCAUACAUCCGUGUUGCAUUUCUUAUUAUGACUAUCAGGGAACUGCGAAUGUGUGCUGUUACGCUGGUUGGUAUUGUUGGGACAUAUCUCAAUGUUUUGGCUCUUUUGCUGUUGUUCCUAUUAUUUGCAAGCUGGCUAGCCUAUGUAACAUUUGAGGACACACCACAAGGAAAGACCAUUUUUACAUCAUAUGGUACAACGUUAUACCAGAUGUUUGUCCUCUUCACCACAUCCAAUAAUCCUGAUGUAUGGGUCCCUGCUUACAAGAGCUCUCGUUGGUAUGCCCUGUUUAUUGUUAUCUAUGUGCUGUUAGGAGUUUACUUCCUAACAAAUUUAAUUCUUGCCGUCAUUUAUGAUAGCUUUAAAGAGCAGCUAGCAAAACAACUUGCUCAGAUGGACUUUAUAAGGAAAACUAUUCUACAGAAGGCAUUUGAUCUCAUCGAUACUAAUGGUCAGGGCUAUCUCAACAAGGAACAGUGCCUAUCAUUACUUGUUGAGCUAAACAAGUACAGGUCGUUACCCAAGACCUCAAGGGAAGAUUUUGAACUAAUCUUUACCGAGCUUGAUCAGAGUGGUGAUUUCAAGGUUACCCCGGAGGAAUUUGCCGAUCUAUGCAAUACUAUUGCUAUAAAAUUUCAGAAAGAACCACCACCUUCUUAUCUGGAGAAGUACCCAUCUUUUUACCAUUCACCACAAUGUGAAAGGCUAAAAUCCUUUGUACGGAGUCGCCUGUUUGAGUAUAUUGUUGUCUUUGUUCUUCUGAUGAACCUAAUUGCUGUCAUUAUUGAAACAACGCUAGAUAUAGAGAAUAGCUCUUCACAAAAAGUGUGGCAAGAAGUUGAAUUUGUGUUUGGAUGGAUCUAUGUUGUGGAGAUGGCACUCAAAAUAUUUUCAUUAGGAUUUGGCGCCUAUUGGAUGGAAGGACAAAACAAGUUUGAUUUUGUGAUUACUUGGACUAUAUUUAUUGGUGAGGCCUUGACAUUCAUCUUCCCAUCAAAGCUUCCUUUUCUUUCAAAUGGAGAAUGGAUUCGAUAUCUUCUCCUUGGAAGGAUGUUACGUUUAACAAGAAUUUUGUUGCAAGUUCGGCGUUUUAGAGCUUUUGUUGCGACAUUCUUUGCUCUUAUGUCUAGCUUGAUGCCAUACUUGGGGAUUGUGUUUUGUAUACUUUGCGUAUACUGCUCCAUCGGUUUGCAGAUUUUUGGGGGCAUUGUGUUUGCAGGAAACCCGAAGUUGGAAGAAACAGAUCUUUUUGGUAACGAUUAUCUUCUUUUUAACUUCAAUGACUACCCAAGUGGUAUGGUUACUCUGUUCAAUUUGUUAGUGAUGGGCAAUUGGCAAAUCUGGAUGGAGAGCUAUGCACACCUGACUGGAAGUUCUUGGAGCCUGGUUUAUUUUGUCAGCUUUUACCUUAUUUCAGUACUGCUGCUGCUUAAUCUGAUUGUGGCAUUUGUCCUGGAGGCAUUUUUUGCUGAGAUGGAACUGGAGAAAACUGGAGAAUCUGACAUGCAGGAUCCUACUCCCCAAGGAAGAAACAAGCGGCGAUCAAUGCGUGUGAAGACAAAGGGUACCACGGUUGAUAUUCUUCUGCACCAUAUGCUGAGCAAUGAACUUGAUGGAUCUCAAAACACAGAUUAAUAGCUUAUCUUCAUGGUACUACCCUCCUCGUUUCUUUAACUUCAUCCACAACUUCGAUCAUGAACCGCACCCGUCUCAUCUUACAGCCUCAAGUGAUACACCAAUCGGUAUAUAUUAUUUGUGUGCAGCUUAAAAAUGAUACUACUGAUAUGGACAGAUGUUUAUAUACUACCUGCUAUUUGAGUCUAUAUGUAUACUCCAAUUUUUUUGCCUGUAUAUCCAGAAGCAUUUCUGAUUUUGGACUAAAGAAUACGCAGUAUUCAAGGGGA